UAAGCCUUUUUAGCGCGAAAAAGUUUUGAAACUUUCUGUGGUGUUAAUAGUAGACCAAACCUGGCACUCCAGAAAGGUCUGAGGGAUUCAAGCACACAACACUACAUUCUUCGAGACUUUGCAGUCACAACUGCAUGACUUCAUGGUCGUCCCUUCUUUCCGUUCAUAUAUAUUGACCGUGAAUUCUGUGUGAGAGGAAGUUUCAGAGAAUCCAGCAGUAAAGGAGUGGGGGUGGGAGAGCGAAUCCGGGUUUUAAAAUGAGGAUGAUGACUUUGAAGUGUUUGGAGAGAUAACUCGGGGAGCGACUUAAAGAAAUAAAUCUGAGGGGGCCAUGAUUUUUUUUUCUCACUGGAGACUCAGGGAGACUGUGCUGAACUAAGGAUACAUGGGACACCUGCACAAGCAUUGGAUUUUGUCCUGCAACAUCUGAAAGGUACCACUCAGACACCUGAAGUGCUCUCUCCCAGAAGCAGGCUAUGAGCCAAGGGGAAGGCAGAGGACAGAAAUGAAUGUGCUCCCAAGCUUUCCUGGUGGUGUAUGGCAUUCUCCAAACUCCUAUGCAGGGGCUAUUCCUGACCGAGAAGACCCAAGGAGACCAUCUCUGAAAUCAAGUCCAGAUGAAGAACUGAGAGGAAACAAGUGAGUAUGGUUUUUGCUCACAGAAUGGAUAACAGCAAGCCGCCCUUGGUUAUUCCCACACUGCUGGUGCCCCUCCAAAACCACAGCUGCACAGAAACAGCCUCACCCCUGCCAACCCAUGACCUGACGAAAUUCCAUGAGGAGCACGGCUGGAUGAGCAAUGGAACAGACCUGCAGCCUGGGCUGAAACCCGGGGAGGUGGCCACAGCCAGCAUUUUCUUUGGGACCCUGUGGUUGUUUUCUAUCUUUGGCAAUUCCCUGGUUUGUUUGGUCAUCCACAGAAGUAGGAGGACUCAAUCCACCACCAACUACUUUGUGGUCUCCAUGGCAUGCGCGGAUCUUCUCAUCAGCGUGGCCAGCACGCCUUUCGUCCUGCUUCAGUUCGCCACUGGCAGGUGGACGCUCGGCAGCGUGAUGUGCAAGGUCGUGCGGUAUUUCCAGUAUCUCACCCCAGGCGUCCAGAUCUACGUUCUCCUCUCCAUCUGCAUAGACCGGUUCUACACCAUUGUCUAUCCCCUGAGCUUCAAGGUGUCCAGAGAAAAAGCCAAAAAAAUGAUCGCGGCAUCGUGGAUCUUCGAUGCCACCUUUGUGACCCCCGUGUUCUUUUUCUUUGGCUCCAACUGGGACAAUCACUGCAACUAUUUUUUCCCUUCCUCUUGGGAAGGAACUGCCUAUACCAUCAUCCAUUUCUUGGUGAGCUUUGUGAUUCCGUCAGUCCUCAUCAUCUUGUUUUACCAGAAGGUCGUGAAAUAUAUUUGGAGAAUAGGCACUGAUGGCCGAACAGUGAGGAGGACCAUGAACAUUGUCCCAAGGACAAAAGUGAAAACGAUCAAGAUGUUCCUCAUUUUAAAUCUGUUGUUUUUGCUCUCCUGGCUGCCUUUCCACGUAGCUCAACUAUGGCACCCCCACGAACGAGACUCUAAGAAAAGUUCCCUUGUUUUCACAGCUAUCACGUGGAUAUCCUUUAGUUCUUCGGCCUCUAAACCUACGCUGUAUUCCAUCUAUAAUGCCAAUUUUAGGAGAGGAAUGAAAGAGACUUUUUGCAUGUCCUCGAUGAAAUGUUACCGAAGCAAUGCCUAUACUAUCACAACCAGUUCAAGGAUGGCCAAAAAAAACUACGUUGGCAUUUCAGAAAUUCCUCCCACGGCCAAAACUAUAACCAAAGACUCGAUCUAUGAUUCAUUUGACAGAGAAGCCAAGGAAAAAAAGCUUGCUUGGCCCAUUAAUUCAAAUCCACCAAAUACUUUUGUGUAAUUUCACAGAAUUCUUUCAAUUAUUGUUAUGUGCCAGAGAUUAAAAAGCUUUAACUCUAAAAA